AAGAAAUACCUGACCAUGGCAGAGCUUAACGAAAUCCGCGGCCGGCUGGCAUUGGUCACAGGAGCAUCUGGAGGGUGAGUUUUUGUCCUUCAUCUCCAAAUACCGUCAUCUAUCCCCAUAGCUCAACUAAUUCUAAUAAUGACUUCGGGACAUAUACAGUAUUGGAGCAGCCUGCUCACGCCGACUCGCAGAAAAUGGCGUCCAUCUUGCCCUGACAUACUCCUCAAACGUGAGAUCGAUGAACGAACUGGCGGAAGAGCUUAAAUUGAAACACAAGGAUCUUCGAAUCUCGAUCCACAAGGUCGAUGUUGCCUCUGCAGACGAGAUCCAAGAGAUGUUCGUGCAGAUCGACAAAGAACAUGGACAGAGACCGGACAUCCUUAUCUCCAAUGCAGGAUACGGGAAGAGGAUACCUCAGGUGUGGGAUAUCAGUCUCGAGGAUUUCGAUUAUAUGAUAAACGUCAACUUGCGGGCUUCAUUUAUCCUUGUGAAAGGGGUGGUUGAACAUAUGAGGGACCAGAGAUGGGGGAGGAUUGUGUUCAUGUCUUCGAUUGCUGCUUAUGGGGGUGGGAUUAGUGGGUGUAACUACGCGGCUUCCAAAGGUGGAUUGACCGGCAUGAUGAAGAAUCUCGCCACGCGUCUCGCCCAGUACAAUAUCAGCGUCAAUGACGUCGCCCCGGCCCUGAUCGGUGAGACUGGUAUGAUUCCCAAUGCGCAGGCUAUACCCGAGGCUGCGGCUGGUAUUCCAUUGCAGAGACUGGGAACAACGGACGAAGUGGCCAAUGUGGUUUUAAUGCUGGUCACAACGGGUUACAUGACGGGCCAGAGUCUCCUGUUAGCCGGAGGGUUGAGAUAGGAGGAGCCGUAUACGGAGUAUUGUUGUAUAUUCAAAUACAAUCUUGAAGGCUUUUCAGACCC